GCUCAAUGACAGGGGGAUCUGACGGGGGGGGAGGUAUGGGAGGGAUGGAGAAUGCCGGUGCGCUCAAACCAACGCCUGUCAGUUACGGAGAGCUGUUGAACAUCUCCACCAACUACACCCGGGACAAUUUCACGUCGAAAGAGGAAGAGGAGGACAGUAACGUGGCUUUCCAGGCGGGUCUAGGCGCGACUUUGGCGCUCAUAACUUUGGCCACGACGCUUUCAAACGCGUUCGUCAUCGCUACCAUUUACCAAUCCCGAAAACUGCACACCCCGGCGAACUUUCUGAUCGCCUCCCUGGCUGUCACGGACCUCCUGGUGUCCAUUUUGGUGAUGCCCAUCAGCGCGCUGUACACGGUCAGCCAAACGUGGACUUUGGGGCAGGUGAUGUGCGACAUCUGGCUGUCCUCGGAUAUAACCUGCUGCACCGCGUCCAUCCUGCACCUGUGCGUAAUCGCGCUGGACCGCUACUGGGCCAUCACGGACGCCGUGGAGUACUCCAAGAAGCGCACGAUGGGGCGCGCCGCCGGGAUGAUCGCCACCGCCUGGGUGAUCGCCAUCUCCAUCUCGCUGCCGCCGUUCUUCUGGCGCCAGGUGAAGGCGGAGGAGAUGACGAGCUGCAACGUGAACACGGACCACAUUUUCUACACCAUCUACUCCACGUUCGGCGCGUUCUACAUCCCCACGCUGCUGCUCAUCGCGCUGUACGGGCGGAUCUACGUGGAGGCGCGCAAACGCAUCCUGAAGCAGGCGCACAGGAAGCCGGGGAAGAGGCUCACCUCCGCGCAUCUCAUCACCGACUCCCCCGGCUCCGUGGCGUCCACGACCUCGCUCAACUACGGCACGAACGACGCCUCCUCCUCGUGCGACGCCGCGUCGUGCCACGCGCACGCGAACCAAGUCAAAGUGACCGUGUCCGACGCGCUGCUGGAGAAGAAGCGCAUCUCCGCCGCCAGGGAGAGGAAGGCGACCAAAACUUUGGGAAUAAUCCUGGGAGCGUACAUCAUAUGCUGGCUGCCGUUUUUCAUUUACACUCUCCUCGUGCCUGUGUGCGAGGCCUGCUUCCACCCGGAGCUAUUUGACAUUUUCACGUGGCUGGGUUACCUCAACUCUUUAAUCAACCCCAUCAUUUACACCAUGUCCAACGAGGACUUCAAGCAGGCUUUCCACAAACUGAUACGGUUUAGAUGCUGCAGGGCGUGAAGGACAAUUAGUAGACAUAGUUAUGUCCUCUCACAGGGGCGGAGCCGGGGGGGGGCUUCUGGGGCUACAGACCCCAAUGUUUUCUCAAAAGCCCCAAAUCGUUUAGGCAGGGUUAAACGUUAAGGUUUAUUUUCACUAGCCUGCCUAAAAAUGUGUCUUGCCCGAAGACAAUUUUUACAGGCACCCUAUAUAAUGUUUUGGGGGGGAAAAAAGGUUUCAAAAAACGUCAAAAGCGUCAAAAAGAACACACCGAAAAAAGUAAUAAUAAUAAUAAUAAGUAAAAAUUUGAAAAAAUGUAAAAUGUUGAAAAAAGGGCAGAGAACGUCAAAAGGCUGCAAAAAUGUAAAAAAAAAGGUUAAAAAAAGGUCGAAAAAAGAGCCAGCCCAGAAUGAUUUAGGCAGGGUUCAACGUUAAGGUUUUCUUUUCACUUGUCCGGUCUGGCAAGUGAAAAAAAAAUUCUAUUUGCCUAAAAUACAUUUUUACAGGCCCCUAUACAAUUUUGUUUUUGUAUUU